AUGACCGAAACACUACUAAAUUUGAGCAAACUUCAAUCUUAUACAAAAAAGCUACAUGAAAAUCACAGAACAAAAAACAAAACGGAACGAGAAUUAGACAACUACUCCAAUUUGAACGCUCCACUGAACCAUUGGAGGUACGGGUGUUUCACCUCAUCGACCUCAUCUCACAUCUCACAUCUGAACUUAAUACCCCAUACAUUCAACACCCACAGAAUGGACGAAGACGACAUUUUCGCCGUUUUCUCGGAAACGCCCGCGGUGCCCGAGAAAAUUGCCGUUGAAAAGCCCGCUGAGGAGUCUGUGGUGCCCAAUUUGGACCAGAAAUCGACCGAAAAUGGACAAAAGAGACCCAUGGAAGAUGAUUCUGCACCAACCAAGAAGCAGGAUACCACGAAACCUUCCAAAAAGAAGAACCCUAUUGUCAAAGAUGCCUUGGAAAUCGAGGCUCUGCGUGAGGUCGCAGCUUCUGCCGGAUUAUUGGCUUCAGCACCUCAGGAAUCAGGAUUGAAGUUGAAGCAUCAAGUGAGACACCAGGUUGCCAUUCCUCCUGACUAUCCGUACAUUCCUAUUGGUGAGCACAAGCGUGAAAAUGAGGCCAGAACAUACCCUUUCACAUUGGAUCCGUUCCAGGACACAGCCAUCUCUUGUAUAGACAGAAACGAAUCUGUGCUAGUCUCGGCACACACCUCCGCUGGUAAGACAGUGGUGGCCGAAUAUGCUAUUGCCCAAUCACUUGGCCACAAGCAGAGAGUUAUCUAUACGUCGCCCAUCAAGGCAUUGAGUAAUCAGAAAUACAGAGAGCUUUUGGCCGAGUUUGGAGAUGUGGGUCUCAUGACUGGAGAUGUUACCAUCAACCCGGACGCCGGCUGUUUGGUUAUGACCACUGAGAUUUUGAGAAGUAUGCUUUAUCGUGGUUCCGAGAUCAUGCGUGAGGUUGCCUGGGUCAUUUUCGAUGAGGUCCAUUACAUGAGAGACAAAUCCAGAGGUGUGGUGUGGGAAGAGACCAUCAUUUUACUCCCUGACAAGGUGCAUCACGUCUUCUUGUCUGCUACUAUCCCCAACGCCAUGGAAUUUGCUGAGUGGAUCGUCAAGACCCAUAAUCAGCCAUGUCACGUCGUGUAUACCGAUUUCCGUCCAACGCCUUUGCAGCACUAUCUUUUCCCUGCUGCUGGUGAUGGUAUCCAUUUGGUUGUUGACGAGAAGGGAACCUUCCGUGAAGAGAACUUCCAAAAGGCCAUGGCUUCUAUCUCAAAUAACAUGGGUGAUGACCCUUCUGCUCUUGAGUCCAGAGGCAAGAAGGGACAAACGUUCAAGGGUGGAAACACCGACAGCAAGAGCGACAUCUACAAAAUUGUCAAAAUGAUUUAUCAAAAGAGAUACAAUCCUGUGAUUGUUUUCUCCUUCUCUAAGAGAGACUGCGAGUCUUUAGCAUUGAAAAUGUCCAAACUCGAUUUCAACAACGACGAAGAACGUGCUUCGCUCACCAAAAUUUUCGACAAUGCCAUCAGUUUGCUUCCGGACGCAGACAAGGAGCUUCCUCAAAUCAAGAACAUUUUACCAUUGUUGCGUAGAGGUAUUGGUAUCCAUCACUCGGGUCUCUUGCCAAUCUUGAAGGAGAUUAUCGAGAUUUUGUUCCAAGAAGGCUUCCUUAAGGUCUUGUUUGCUACUGAAACCUUCUCCAUUGGUCUCAAUAUGCCUGCAAAGACUGUUGUCUUCACUUCUGUGCGUAAAUGGGACGGAAAAGGGUUCCGUUGGGUCUCUGGUGGUGAGUACAUUCAAAUGUCUGGAAGAGCUGGAAGAAGAGGCUUGGAUGACAGAGGUAUUGUGAUCAUGAUGAUCGAUGAAAAAAUGGAACCCCAAGUUGCUAAGGGUAUGGUCAAGGGUCAAGCUGAUAGAUUGGACUCGGCAUUCCACUUGGGCUACAAUAUGCUUUUGAACUUGAUGCGCGUGGAAGGUAUCUCCCCAGAAUUCAUGCUUGAGAGCUCAUUCUAUCAAUUCCAAAAUGCUGCCUCUGUGCCGCUCUUGGAACAGGAGCUUGCCGCUUUGAACGAAAAAUACAAGGCUGCAUCUUUUGAUGACGAAUAUCUCAUCAAGGAGUACUAUGAUCUCAAACAACAAUUGCAGAACUAUCAGAAAGACUUGAGACACAUCAUCACACACCCGGGUCAUAUCCUACCCUUUUUACAACCGGGAAGAGUUGUUGAGGUCCAAAUCGGAGAUCAUUACUAUGGCUGGGGUAUGGUAGCCUCAUUCACCAAACGUACAAACAAGCGUCAUACCUCCCAGACAUUCACCGACCACGAGUCAUACAUUGUGAGUGUGUUUGUUCACACGAUCUUCGUUGACUCGCCAGUGGCUUUGAUCAAACCAUUCAAUCCUGAAUUCCCAGAGGGAAUCCGCCCAUGCAUCGGUGAGGAGAAAUCCCGUGCCGAGUUCAUCCCAAUAACCUUGGACUCUAUCAAGUCUAUCUCUAGCGUUCGUUUGAAGGUUCCAGAGGACUUGAAGAGCUCUGCCUCCAAGCGGAACCUCGUUCGCACGCUUAGGGAUUUGCCUAAGAAGUUGCCCGAUGGAAUUCCACUCAUGAACCCAGUAGAAAGCAUGAAGAUUGAAGACCCCGAAUUCAAGGUUCUUUUGCGCAAAAUCGACGUGUUGGAAAGUAAGCUUUCCACCAACAUCUUACAUGGCUCCGACAGGAUCGAGAAGCUUUACGAGGAAUUCUCCCAGAAAAUGGACAUCGACAGACAGAUCAAGGAGAAAAAGGAGAGCAUCUUACAGGCACAGGCGGUCAUCCAGCUCGACGACUUGAGACACCGCAAGCGUGUUCUUCGUAAGCUAGGAUUCACCACAGAAAAUGACAUCAUUGAGUUGAAGGGCCGUGUUGCGUGUGAGAUCUCCACAGGAGACGAGCUUUUGCUUACAGAGCUUAUUUUCAACGGUACUUUCAACGAGCUCACGCCUGAGCAGUGUGCAGCUCUUCUCUCCUGCUUCGUUUUCCAAGAGAGGGCUAAAGAGGUGCCUAGACUCAAGCCAGAGCUCCAGGAGCCAUUGAAGGAGAUGCAAGAUAUGGCCACCAAGCUUGCGAAGACAUACAAGCAGUGCAAGAUCGAGAUUGUUGAGAAGGACUACGUGGAGGAGUUCCGCCCCGAGCUUAUGGAGGUUACCUAUGCUUGGUGUAAGGGCGCUUCUUUCACCCAGAUCUGUAAGAUGACUGAUGUGUACGAGGGAUCCCUUAUUCGUAUGUUCAAGCGUUUGGAGGAGAUGAUCAGACAGAUGGUUCUGGCCGCUAAAACGAUCGGAAACCAGGAGCUUGAGGAUAAGAUGGAGAAGGCUGCCGAGUUGGUUCACAGAGACAUUGUGUCUGCUGGCUCGUUAUACUUGUAA